CACCCACGUCCCUUUUUUCCAUCAUUACUGUUGGCUUAAUAAAGGAAUAGCUUGAAUUGUGUUUUUUGAAGGGUAGGAGUGUUAUUCUUCAAACUUAUUUGACUUAGCAGUAUUUAUAAAAGAAUGCACUUAAUGUAUGGAGUGCUUUGAGGAAAGGGGGAACUAAGGGCUCAGAUCUAGGUGCCACAUAUCAAUAUUUUCAUGAGCUCCAUAAAACACAUGACCUUUAUGCUAAUUCCCUCAAAAAAUCUGAUUUCCCUUCACAAACCCCCACACAAUGAAUAUGGAAGGAGCGGGCAGUGCCUCUCUUGCGCCUGAGAAUCCUAGAAACUUGUUUUAAUUCUUCUUUUCUUUUGUGGACAGUUGUUGAGCCACUGCAGCUUUUCAGUGAAGGUCGAACUUUUAAAAAUGGAUGAAGGAAGAAGGAAGAAGUCAUAUGAAUUAUGUAGGUGGCUAGCUGACACUGUUUAUAGGUGAAAGGAGGGAAUCAAUAUGUGAGCCUGCUGGGACGAUGGGGUUCCACAAGAGUUUGUGAUGCAAUAACAUAAUUCGAAGGGAUUUGCGGCAUUGACCAAUCUGCUGCUAUCAAUCUGGAGUUUAACUAGUUCAUGUUAACCUUGGCACCACUUGCUCUUCCCUUAUCAACAUCAUUAAAUUCAUCUGCAACCAGCUUUUUUGCCCUUUUCCUGCUGAGGACUUCUAUUUGAGCAGAAUGAUUCCUAGCAGAAGCAGCCCCUUAUACAAGAGCCAGAAUUAUUUAUUUAUUUUGCCUUGGUAAGGAUUAUCAUAGCAUAAGUGAAGAGGUUUUGUUUUUUAUAAGUAAUCUUUUGCUUUUUUUUUUUUUAAAUUGAGCUUCCACUUUUUCCUUUGGAUUCCCAAAGCUGAAAAUAAACCUUAGAUAACAUCCUUUAAAUCCUUUCGAGUGGGGAUCAAAUUACGGAUUAUUAAUUUUUUACUGACACGUGGACCUUCGUCAUACAUUUUGUGCUACUGGCAUCCAGGACUUCGCAAGGAUGAUGCACCACCUGCCUUCCCUGUUCCAAAGGAAAUUUAAAGUCAUUCUCUGUUUUCUGCUCCUUUUGGCUCUCCUGGUACACAUGGUGUUGGAUCUGACGCUCUCUGCCAGCCUUGAUUCUUGUGGAUGUACCCGCAAAGGAGAAGAUCAACCUAGUCCCGCGUUAUCAGCCCAGAAUAAGUUAAACCUGAGGAUUCUCCAGGACUUCAGUGGUAGCAACAGCUCCCUGGAGAAAGGGGUUCACUCACCAGAAGGCGUACCGCAUGCAGGUAGCAGGGGCAACAUCCCCCUCCAAAGUCACAACUUCGAGCCGAAAGAAGCAGAAGCAAAACCAACAUGGACAGGCAGGUCCAAACUGGCUGCGCUUUUCGACCAUCCGCUCUACAAGAUUCCAAUCCCAAAAGUUAUGAAGAAAGACAAGCUGUUUGCUACCAGACCGAAGAUGAAGAUGUUUGUGAGAAGUAGCAAUGAAUGGGCUAGCAGCAAUAAGGCACAUGCGAAGCUUCCAAAACACGAUGCCAACCCUGCUUGGCUCCAGUUCUACACUGGCAUCAAUCGCUAUGAACUGUAUGCCCGCCAUGACCCUGCUCGCCUUGCCACGAUGGAAGAUUUGGCCAUGCAGCCAAUUGUCAGCUCAGUUCAAAAGCCUGGAGGGACACAACUGAAGCUGAUCAUGACCUUCCCCAACCAUGGACAAGCCCUCUUCAAACCCAUGAAGCAAACCCGAGAUCAGGAGACUCCAGCAGAUUUCUUUUACUUCUCAGAUUUUGAACGGCACAAUGCAGAAAUAGCAGCCUUUCACCUCGACAGGAUCCUGGAUUUCCGAAGAAUUCCCCCCGUUUCUGGCCGUUUGGUGAAUAUAACCAAAGAAAUCCGUGAUAUCACAACGGACAGGAAACUGUUUAAGACUUUCUUCAUCUCCCCAGCCGGCAACGUCUGCUUCUUUGGCGAGUGCUCCUACUAUUGCUCCACGGAACAUGCUUUGUGUGGCAAACCUGACCAGCUCGAGGGCUCAAUGGCGGCCCUCCUGCCGGACAAAGAACUGGCUGACCGGCGUUCAUGGAGAAGCCCCUGGAGGCGUUCUUACUCCAAAUUCAAGAAAGCUCAGUGGGAAUCAGAUGAUGAUUACUGCGCAGAGGUACGACAGACGGCACCAUAUGACAACAUAUCCCGACUCCUCAACCUCAUCGAUAUGACUGUGCUUGACUUCCUUAUGGGAAACAUGGAUCGCCACCACUAUGAGACCUUUGACAAGUUUGGGAAUGACACUUUCUUCCUUCAUCUGGACAAUGGGCGAGGGUUUGGGAGACACUCCCAUGAUGAAAUGUCCAUUCUGGUUCCACUUCAGCAAUGUUGCAUUAUAAAAAAGUCAACGUUCUUGCGCCUCCAACUGCUUGCUACGGAGCCUUAUCGCUUGAGUGACAUCAUGCGUGAGUCCUUGGCCACUGAUCAGCUGUCACCAGUCUUAGCGGAGCCUCACUUGAAGGCACUGGACCGGCGGCUCCAGAAGAUAUUAGACAUGGUGGAGGACUGCAUGAAGAAGAGUGGAGAAAGCCAGGAAGUCCUGAUAAAUGACUUAAAAGGACAGCAGUAUACAUCCUCAGAGCUGCGAGACAAGAGAAGUAGCGCUGCCUGAAGGGGAUGGAUCCCCGGCCUGUUCAAACACACCUCUUUAAUGCUACCUCUUACAUUCAAGCCUUGCCGUAGGGAAGUCACUAGUCAUUCUGUGCUACAGUGUGGACAUAAAGGGGUUAGGGAGCAACCAAGGGAGAAGGGAACGUGGAAUAUCUUAAAAGAACAAGAGGGAGGGCCUGGAAGCAAAACUUGGACAAAGUAUAAAAGGAGCAUUCAAGCUCUUUAAUUGUCCUGAGACUUGCAGUGAAGCCUUGGAAGCCUGAUGGGCAAGCUGUGGUUUGAAUGGAAGGAUAGUUAAAGCAGGGGUAGCCCACAUGGUGCCUUCCAAAUGUUGGUGGACUACAACUCCCAUCAUCCCCUGACCACUGGCUGGAAGUGAUGGGAGCUGGAGUCCAACAACAGCUGAAGGGCAUCAUGCUGGCAACCCAUUCAAGUUAUUAAUGCUCAGCGGAGCUUCAUUUCUGUUCCUUUGUAGAAUUCCUUUGUAGCUGUAGGAAAGGAAUGUGCCUUCUCUCCCUCCUUCCCACUUCUCAGAGCAAUCUAUACAGCCAAGAAUCUCUCUCAUAUUUAUUCUCUUACUAUUUAUUUUGAUCCAUUUGCAGUGCUUUGGGCUUCUGUAUGGAAGCGUGAACUCUGCCCAACCUGCCAUUGUUAACUAUGUUAGCUUGCCUGGGGAUGAAAAAGAAGUGAGACUAUGUGCGCUCGUCUUGAUCUUGCCAGGUGUUGCUAACAUGCUUUUCAACCCACUUCAGUCUCCGAUUGAAGGUGCCAAUAAAUCACAGGCUGAAGAGACUUCAGGCCCCGUUGUCCUAAGAUACUGAUGCUGUGAGCAAGUUCAUUGCUGCUUUUAUCCACAAGGCUUCCUGAUCUCUACUUGUGAUCAAAGAAGAGAGGGCAACAGUACUAUGGGCUAUGCAAAACUCCAAGAGUGCCUAGAAGCAGCAGUAACAAAAGCAGCCUCCUCUCUCAUAAAAUAGACCAAGGUCCAUCUCAUUAUUAUCACCAUCAUCAUAAACUAUCAUCACCACCGUGGUUUUUUCCCUUGGAAAAGCAGCAUAUAAAUCACACAGUCAGCCCUAUUGGUUUAUGUGUAUGCUGCCUUUCCCAGGGCAAACCAUGCCCAAAGUGGUUCACAGUGAUGUCAGAAUACAACACAAUAAUAAGAAAAUGCAUGAAACACAACAAAAACAACUACUGCAGGAAGCUGCCAGAUACCAAACUGCUUGUCUAUCAAGACCAGUAAUGUCUGCUCCAACUAGAAGCAGCUGUCCAGGGUCUAAGCCAAAGAAAGUUAUUUUCUGUCAUCUCCUGUGACCUGAUCUUUUUAACAGGAGAUGUCAGAGGACUGAACCUGGGAACAUCUGCAUGCAAAACCAUGGGCUGCAACCUGUCCUGCUUGCAUAAUGGGACUUCCUCUCCCAGGCUUCUCACUGUGUGCCCCCCCACCGUGCCCCCAAUUCUAGUUCUGGGGUUUCCCUAACCACUCACAGAGCAGAUCUGGG